AUGCCAAACGGGACCCCCAAACGAAAAGCCAGAGGCGAGAGGCACAAACUGGCCACAGAGCGCAAAACGGCACCCAACAGCACCCAACACCCGCCACAAACGGCCACAGCCCCCCUGGGCAGGGAGUCACUAACAGACUGGCUCCCGGCGGCGACCACGCAAGUAGAGCAAACUAACCGCAAGGCGCUGUAUUACCUCGACCUGACCCUGCACUCCUUCAGUAGGGGGGAACAUGGACUGUACUGGGUCCCCAUUCAGCGGCACGGAGAGGCGGCCUUUGGCACCGGCCUGGGACAAAGGAACUUCCUCGCCUUUCAACCACUCAGCAGAAAGACCUGGAGCCCUCAGAGGCUCGAUCCACCGCGCACAUUUCACAGCCAGCCUGGACAGAGACUGCAUGAAAUGGCCCACUAG